UGCAGCAGCCGCUCCGUGUCCUGAGGCCCCUCCACUCUGCUCACACCGCCCUCUGCUCGCUGCUUGUGCCUCUUGAUUUGGUUUGAUUGCUUUAGUUGACAGCCAUGCCGAAAACGUGUGAGCAGCACAGACUUCUGGUUUUGGAAAACUUCAUCGGUGGAAAGUUCAUCCCUUGCCGGAGUCACAUCGACUCGUUCGACCCGUCCACCGGAGAGGUUUACUGCAAAGUACCGAACAGCGGCGAGGAUGAGGUGGCCGCGGCAGUGGCAGCAGCCAAAGAGGCCUUCCCUGACUGGUCAACCCGCAGCCCCGAGCAGAGAGCUCAGGUCCUCAACAAGCUGGCUGACCUGAUUGAGGCCAACCUCGAGGAGUUCGCCCAAGCCGAGUCCAGAGACCAAGGUAAAACUAUAACAUUUGCACGGACGGUGGACAUUCCCAGGUCGGCGUACAACUUCCGCUUCUUUGCAUCGUCGGUGCUCCACCACACCACCGACUGCUCCCAGAUGGACCACAUGGGCUGUGUCAACUACACUGUCCGCUGUCCUGUGGGAGUGGCUGGUCUCAUCAGCCCCUGGAAUCUCCCUCUCUACUUGCUCACCUGGAAGAUUGCCCCUGCUGUUGCUACAGGCAACACAGUGGUAGCCAAGCCAAGCGAGAUGACCUCUGUCACUGCCUGGAUGAUGUGCAAAUUGAUGCAGGAGGCAGGUGUUCCCCCUGGUGUGAUUAAUAUCGUAUUCGGCACGGGGCCAAAAGCAGGCGACGCCCUCGUUGGCCACCCUGACGUCCCGUUGAUCUCUUUCACCGGCUCGACAGCGACUGCCCAGCGAAUCACAGAGCGGAGCGCCCCCUACUGCAAGAAGCUCUCACUUGAGCUGGGGGGUAAAAACCCUGCUCUCAUUUUUGCUGAUGCAGACCUGGACCAGUGUAUCGCCACCACUGUUCGCUCCAGCUUCUCCAAUCAGGGAGAAAUCUGCUUGUGCACCAGUAGGAUCUAUGUGGAGAGGAGUAUUUACCCAGCGUUUCUGGAAAGGUUUGUGGCUGCAGCCAAGAAGUGGAAGACAGGCGUACCUUCUGACCCAAGCAACAACAAUGGAGCGCUCAUCAGUAAGGAGCACCUGGAGAAGGUACGUAAAUUUGUGGCUCUGGCCAAAUUGGAAGGCGGCACCAUCCACUGUGGUGAGGGGGUUGACCAGCUGGACCUCCCAGAGUGCAACACUUCUGGCUACUUCAUGCCAGCCACUGUCAUCUCGGGCAUACCUGACAGCUCUCCUGUCAUGCAGGAGGAGAUUUUCGGCCCUGUCACCUGCAUCAGCCCCUUUGACACGGAGGAUGAAGCCAUUGCCAGGGGUAACUGUGUGCGUUAUGGACUGGCUGCCACUGUGUGGUCAAAGGAUGUGGGCAAGGUCCACCAUGUGGCCAAACGGUUGCAGGCGGGUCUAGUGUGGACCAAUUGUUGGCUGGUGAGAGAUCUAAACCUGCCAUUUGGCGGGAUGAAGAGUUCAGGUGUGGGCAGGGAGGGAGGGAAGGAUUCCUACCACUUCUUCACAGAGGUGAAGACUAUCACAAUCAAACACUAAGGGAGGAGAGGAGGACAGCAGAAAAGCUCUUGAGUCUUGAUUGGAGGAACAUUUCUGUUGUAUCACCAUGAAUAAUUCUCUGUCAUUUGCUUUUUUUUUUUAGGAGCUUGAAUGAGAGUUAGUUACAAAAAUGUUGCGUGAUUCAGUUGCUUGCUGGUUGUAAUUGCAAAUCUCUGUAGUAAGUGAGCAUGAGUAAGUGAGGUGGCGAUUUGGAAGAACAUUUCCAAUGAGUAGGUGAGUUUUUUUGUUUCAAAAGCUUGUACUGUGAGUUUUGCAAGAAAUCCCUGCACCUGACUAAGUUGUUGAGUCACUGGUAUUGAUUAACCAAGCCCUGCAGAUAUGUCAUUUUGUUUAAUGGUGCACUAAAAAUUUUACUGCGCCAUUUUUACUAUUGCCUGUUUCAACAGAAAAAAAGAAUGAGGUGCUUAGGGAGUGAAAUAUAAUGAGGUUUAUGACUCAAGAGGCCACUGCAGUUUUCUCUCUUGCAUGGUAUGGGAGGUCACAGAAUACGGACAUGCAGAUUUUUGAUGACUAAGAAAUGUUUAAACAGCAUUAACAUUGAUGAAUAAAUUUGCUUUAACUUUGUAUUAAAGCAGGGGAACAAAGAGAGUUGAUUUCUCAUUUGCUGGCUCGCUACACUCGUGUCAAAUCAUUUUUAAUGUUUAAUCAGUACAAAAUAUUGUGGUCAUGUAUGGACUGAUUCAACUGUUUGGAAGCACAUAUGCACAUACUGUAGCUGUCAGUCUGAAAUCUCAUUUUUUUUGCAUAAUGUUUCAACUAAAGCACUUCAGAUAUAUGCAGAUCAGUGUGUUUGUUCUUUUCCUGAGGCACUUUGAGCUCUGGGUUAUGUCACUGCUGUCUGAAGAAUGCAGUGACAGCUCCUGAUUGUAUCUAUGGCACAAGGUCAGUGAAACAUAUAGUGUCUGUGUCUUCAUUGGCAGAGAUAUAUGUCAGACUUUGAACGCAUUGCUUGACUAUACACUGACAGAAAGACAUUUGUUUGGGAAAAUGAAGGAGUUCUUUCUAGCCUUCCCAUGGUGUCAUUGCGUCACUUGGUCAAAGUCUGUUCUUCAGUGGAAAUUUUUCUUCAGGUGAACCAUGUGUACUCCUCAGGUAACUGUUUUACCAGAAGUUGAUAUUUUUCUGAUUUGCUGAUGUAGAAGUGUAAAAGGUAAAUGAAUGUCAGACUUGGGUUGUUACUGACUUAAAUGUACUACAGGAAAAUGUAGCUACAAAAUGCUACAAAUGCAUCAGUGAUGAUAG